UUGUAUAACUUAUGCGAUAGCUGUGCAGUGAACAAAAAGAAGGACCAAUACGCCUCCUGUUUUCCAACAAAAUGUCGACAAAGACAGACGCAGAGGGCUCUGCAGGGAAUACUGCUAUAAAUGAAAAUGCCCCAGCCACAGGUCCUGGGGUUGCCCCUAGUACUGCUCCAGGCACAGCUCUAGCCACAGCUCCUGGUACUGCUCCAGCUUCAGCUGUAGCUCCUGCUGGAGCUUCAACUCAAGACAUUGCUCCUGAAGCCCCUAGAGAAAAAAUGAUUGAGACUGCUGUGAAGUUCUUGCUCAAUCCACAAGUCAGAUCUAGCCCAAUGGUUCAGAAAAAAGCUUUCUUACGGAAAAAGGGUGUGUCAGAUGCAGAGAUUGAAUUGGCUAUUGAUCGAUCAGGAACGAGGCAAGACGUGGUACCACCUGCCAAUCAAACUCCUGUAGCCCCUUCUCCUCAAGGUCAGGUUCCUAUGGCAACACAUCCUGGUGCUGUACCUCAACAACAAAUGGUGCCAUACAUGCAGCCACCUCCACCAUCAAGGGUAACUACUUGGAGGGACUAUGCUGCCAUAGCCGUCAUCGUCAGUGGAGUUACAUUUGGAAUCUACCAACUUAUCAUGAGAUUUGUUGCACCGUGGCUCAAGAGAAGAAAAGAAGAAGAGGAGAGAAUGAAGAGAUUGGAAGCUUCCAUUGAAGAAUUAAACAGGAAUGUUUCACAAGCAGUUACGGCCAUGGAUAAAUCUAUCAGUGCAAUCCAGACUCUGAUGGAGAAACAAGAUCAGCAGCUUACCAGCCUCAAUGCCGAGAUAGUGUCGGGGAAAGCAUUGACGAACAGCAGAAGGUCUACCGAUACUACAGAGAUCAAGUCAGAGAUCAUGUCCUUGAAAGGAUUGCUUUUAAGCAGGCAUCAGUUCCCAUCCACUCCCCAGAGGACGACAAUACCCAGCUGGCAGCGAGGCAGCAGCGAUCAAUCAUCCACAAAGAGCAACUCGCCCCCUCCCGUCUCCUCCGAAGCCACCAACAACAUCUCGUCAUCCUCACCACCACCACCGCCUUCAAUCAGCAGCGAGCCAGUAACCAAUGGUGACUCCUUGUCCACCGACCCCACCCAGACGCCCAUCAAAGAGCCGAUCAGAGAGAACGGAACAGAUGACAUCAUCCAGCAGGACCCAAGUCCCACCCCCGAUGAGCAUGUGAAUGGAAGUGUGAAACCUGUUGGGAGUCAAGCCACGCCCACUUUAGAUGGUACUGCCUGAGGUGGGCGAUAGACUUUGAACGACUUGAGUACUUCCAGACUCCAAGCUUCAGACUCAUUCAACAAUCACUGGGAAACAAAGGGAUGGAGUUGAGGUCGGGAGUCCAAAGUCGUAAGACCGUUGGUUAAAAUUAUCUUCCAUAGUUUGUUUCACCUCGAUCGAGAACUUGAAAAUGGCCAAUACUCGGUCUCUGGUAGUCUGGUAACAUGCUCUUAACCCGUUGUGUGCCAGGGAAAUUGUAGCUCUAUCGAAUUUAUGUGUAUUUCAUGGUGCCUUUUGCACAUGUGGAUAUGUCAAGAGUUAGUUUCCCUGAGAACUCUCACAAAGUCUGUCCAAAGUGUGUUUGAUUGUCGAGGAGAAAGGAGGUUUUCAAAUCAGGUACUAUUACCCCCUUGCCACUCGCUUGCUGGACACGUUUGCCAGUUCUGCUGGAACGUAAUAUUUAUCUGAGAAAUUAUGAUGAUGGUGAUGAUUACGAUGACUGAUGACUAUGAUGAUGAUUAUGAUGAUCGUGAGAAGUAUGGUGGUGACUAUGAUGAUGAUCAUGAUGAGGAAUGUUAUUAAUAAUGAUGAUGAUGAUAAGUUAGUAUGUUGACCCGGGGGGGGGGGGGGGCACUCACAUAUAUUGGUGGUACGGGGACGUGCCGCUUUGAUGACCCCCUAUUUCAGACCUAAUUUUCAGUUCUCUAGAUACUCCGAAUGACAAGUUCAGUUCAGAAGCCGCCCAGCCCUGCUCGCAAGACCCCCGUUACGAGACAUCUUAGUUCCCCAGCCCUUGCCAAAAUUGUCAAGCACGAGCACCGCAUGCAAGAGGAUGCACGUACAGCUUCGCAACUCCCUAGCUGCUCCAUGCAUGGCUAGCACAUGCACAGCGCUAUAUCUACAGUGCCGCGAUCCUGUUCCGAAGGCCCCGUUUUUUACACACCGCGGUAUAUAUUUAGUUCCCAAGACCCCAUACUUUACCCUUUUAGUCGGUUCCUUAGACCGCUAUUUCAGAGUUUCGUGAGGCACACCCCCAUCAAAAAAUAAUUUGAGUGCCCCCCCCCCCCCCCCCCCCGAUGUUGACGAUGAUGAUAUCUUAACCUCGAUAGGACAGUUAAUUUUUAGAGCAUUUCUCUUCCAAUCAUAGGACUUGCAUAACCAUAGUAAGUUACUGAUGUAGAUCCCUAUCAUUCAUCCAGUCGUGUUCAAUACAAAGAAAAUAAAUACCCUUUUCCAACUCUAAUAUGCUGAGAAAAUGGCUAAAAGGGAGACCUUCCGUCCCAUUCAUUGAGAUCUGAGGUACGACUUGGCAGAGGUUCACGCUCCCAGUCUCCGGCGAAAGUUCUUUCCUAAAUUUAAAAAAAAGCCUGGGCUUUCAGAAAAUAUUUCAUCUUUGCCCAAUAAAAAAAAAAGGUUUCAACUUCAAAUACCUUUUUUUUUUAAACAAAUGUUGACAUCCACCCCUAUUCUAAGUGAGCAUUAUCACAUAUUCUUUCAAUUUUCUUUUUUGUAAAGUUAAUUUCAAAUCAAGUGGAAAUCAAUUUUUAAUCAAAGAGAGUUGGAUUGGACAUCUAUAUGAUAUACAAUGGUGUGAUUACUGCUACCUAUGUGUGCAUGGAUCUCUUCAUUUAACAUGAUUUUUGUAUGGGUUUGAGGGUAUUUGAAAUACCAGCAUUAAUUUAGCACCUUUUUUAAGAAGAUACAAAGCACUUUAUAGACCUUUGCAAACAUUUUUCCGUUGUGCGGAAUUCAGUUAGGCGGUCUUUCUUUAUAUAUCAUGUUUUACAUAGAUUCAAAUUUCAUGAUUUGAAUAAAACCAAAGAUAUACAUGUAUGAAUAAAUAGUAAAAAUCAAAUAUUCAUAUUAAAGGAAGUGCAUUAAUCAAACUGUCCUUUUUUUUUUAAAUAUGGAAAAUGGCUAAUUUCUGUGCAAUUUUUAUUAGGUCAAUUGCCCAUGACUAAUAAAAUUGUAAUUGUAAUUGUAAUUGAAAAGGUUUUAUUGAAAUUAUUGCACUUUGCAGCCAAAAGGCUGAAUUGCGUACAAUUUACAGGCAUAUAUACAUAGAGUGUACAGAUUUAAAAACAUCAAACUUGAAAUGAUGACGAAAAUAUAAUGCAACUUAAUAUAUUAUGUGUACUAAAAGGAAAAGAUGAAGUAAUAAAAAAAUACAAACACAUGUGGUGGUGGAAGGAUGCUUAUUGAUAAACGUCUUAAUUCAAACAAUAAGAAACUUAGUUUUAAGCAGGAACAGAAACGAAAGACAGGAGGGUGUCUGGGGACGAGCGAGUAGUCAAGUCCAAUGCACAGCUCCAGCCAAGGAUUGCUAAUCCCACAACACCAUUCAACCUGAGCAAUGGAAUUGGUUAUUCAAAUCCAUCGCUCAGGUGGAACUUUGUAGGAUCAGCUAACUUCACCGGAGCUAUGUUCAUGUGCAUCUUCAAUUUUCAAUUAAAGAAUGAAAUAGAAGGCCCAUGUCAACCUAAAAAUGCUUUGAUAUUUUGUUGUUAUUUACAUUUUAUAAUUUUAUUAUUGUUUAGCAUAGCAGUGAAAAUAACAUAUAUAUUUUUUAAUACCCCAAUUUUUGUGAAACAGAAUUUUAGAGUUUCACCAAAGUAGGAGACUCAUUAUUCAUUACAUUUAUUAUUGAAGUAACUUCAAAACAAUGAGUUUAUUUUUCCAAAUCACAAAUUAAUUAUUAUGUUUUCUUUAUCCAUGGCAUUUCCCAACAAUGUACUUACACCCCCCCCCCCAUGACAAAGAAAAUUAGGUGAGAGCAUUGGGGUGAUUUUGCCAGCCUGCAUAUGCUGAUGUACGUAUGACAAGCCAUUUUUCUUGAAUUCCAAAACAGCUUGCCAUACAUACAUUGGCAUCCUUUGGCGUACUAGUCGAGGUGUGACAGCUCAGGAGAUGUUAGUGACUGGUAACCCUUUCUUGUGAUAAAUGAUAUACUAAAAAUGAUCAUGGUGUUGAUUUAGUUCCCAAGAAAGGGUCACCAGUUGUACAUGAAGUCUAUAGUUACUAGUACUUAUGAACAGCUUUAUGAAUUUUUUUUUCAAAUUGAGCAUGUGUGCCAAUUAAUUUUGUACAAAUUGCAAUAUUAAAUAGUAUUGACUUUACACAUGAA